AUGCAUUGGACACCGGAGCAUGCCCAGAAGCCAGAGCAGUACCUCGACAUCUCAUUUACGACGUCCUCUCCAGCACCCAAACCAGACGAUAACAAUCUCAGCCAGCAACGUCACCAGCAUGUGUGGGCGAAUGAUGACAUUUCUGCACUGUCUGCCUCUAAUCUGCUCAAGAAGUUUGCAGAGAAAUACUCUGGGCUUGUGAACUCUUCCUGUGAGAGACCUGAGCUAAAUGCUUACGCAGAGGCAUCUUUUGGGCCAGUUCAUGAACAAAAGAAUGAAAAUGAUACCUGGCAAAUGUCACUGAGUGUAGAUGAUGCAUAUUCUGUAAACUCUAUCCAUGAGGGCCUUUCUGGCAGUAGAACAGGAACUAAUUCCACUCUCCAACCAGUUGAUGGCGGUGUAGGGAUAAGUGGCUCCUCUGUCGUAACCAAUAGUCACUCUGAAUCUCGCUAUCCACGUCAUGUAUGUGGUCCCACCACUCUCCCGAGUCAUCAAUCGAGCCUUGUCCCAGUUGGAACAUCUCCAGAAUAUUCAUCAGGUUACAAUGGUACUUACUUACCCUCAGGUUACUGCAGCCAAACAUCAUUGGCAGCCCCUUCCUCUUAUUCCUCACCUUUAACUAGCUCGAGCCUUCUGCAGCCAGUGCACCCCACACCCACUAUAGUCCCGUCUUACAGGUCAACUUUAGCUGGAGCAAGCCCACUGCACACGUACCCUUCAAAUAGUUACCCAUGCCAACCAAGCAUGGGCCCUGGUUAUGCUGGAGCACAUCUCCCAUCUUCGUACGUCCCCUCAGGCAUUCCGGCUCCUUUCCCUCUUCCCCCCUCAGCACGACCUUCCACCGUCUCUGGCUAUGAUUACCAAAGCCACAAGGUGACUCCUGACUCGGUGUCGCCCGUCAACAAUGGUUCGAGAAAAGCCGCAGCAGCGAAGGAGCCUGAGAGUACUGGUCGAUACAGAAGGUACAGUUACGGACAACAAAGGACUACUUCAGGUUCUUACCAGUUGCCAGCUGAUGUAGUUCCUGAUGACCCGAAAGGUAAUGGCUUCGGCAGAAAUGAUGAGGCAUUACCUGUCGAAUUGAAGGGGAAACAAGGAGUUGUGGAUGACCUUAUUGGUAAAUACAUUGGCCAGGAAAGCAAAGGAAUGAUGCCUCCACCCUACAGCCGUGACAAACAUGCGCUGCAAUCAAGAUCAACUGAGGCGCUUGUGAAAUUCACCCCUACAUUAAUAAAUCGAGAAAUGGCCAAUGACCGUGGCCUCAUAUUUAGUCACCAGCUUCAGCUCCAGCGAGCCGAACCGGUUCUGGCAAGUAGUGGGUUAGAGGAGCAGUUGAAGAACCUAGAUUCCCAGCUUUUAAACCUUGUAACAAAUGAAAUUGUUGACUGUGGUCCUCCAGUCCACUGGGGUGAUGUUGCUGGGCUGGAUACUGCGAAAGCAGUGAUUGAAGAGCACGUGUUGUGGCCCCUGAUGAGGCCUGGUGCGUACAGCGGUGGAAACGGACCACCCAAAAGCAUCUUGCUGUUCGGCCCUCGCGGUGGGCGUAAAACAAUGCUCACAAGGUGUAUUGCCUCCUGUCUCGGGGCGACCUUCCUCAAGGUCAGUGGGUCAGCUUUCAUCUCCAAGUGGAAGGGAGAUGGAGAGAUGAUCUUGCAGACUAUGUUUCUCAUUGCCCGAUCCCGCCAGCCAUCUGUUAUCUUUAUAAAUGAGCUCGAUGCCAUGCUCUCUAACACAGCGGGUGAAGAGAGUAACCAUCUAAGCUCCAUUAAAGCCAAACUCUUGUCUCACGUGGAAGGUGUGAUGAACUCGAGCAGUGACCAUAUUAUCGUCAUUGGAGGUACCAGGCAUCCAGAUGAUAUAGAGGAGACCAUACACAGGUACUUUGUAAAGCGACUUUACAUCUCUCCGCCCGACAACAUUGCAAGGCGUCAAAUUUUAAUCUGUGGUUUGUCUCAACAAGACCACUGCCUCAGUGAUGGGGAAAUUAGCUCCAUUGUUGAGCACACAGAGGGGUAUUCUGGGAGUGACCUGAUCCAGCUCUGUCAACAGGCAGCAUUAGGACCGGGGCACAGUCUGACCGCACCAUUACAGCCUACCACCUACAAGGACUUUGAAAACGCUCUUUGCAAAGUUCAGCCCAGCGUUUCGCAAAAGGAACUCAAGCUGUACAUGGAGUGGAGCAGGUUAUUCGGAACUGGUGUCUGA